AUGUUGAAAGAAUAUAAUUUAGUAGUAGUAGGUGGAGGUGGUGUUGGUAAAUCCGCCUUGACAAUUCAAUUAAUUCAAAGUCAUUUCGUGGAUGAAUAUGAUCCAACCAUCGAAGAUAGUUAUAGAAAGCAAUGUACCAUUGAUAAUGAACAAGUAAUGUUAGAUGUUUUGGAUACUGCUGGUCAAGAAGAAUACAGUAAUAUGAGAGAAUCUUAUAUGAGAGCUGGUCAAGGAUUCUUAUUAGUAUAUUCUAUAAAUUCAAGAAAUUCAUUGGAAGAAUUAAAUUCAUUUUAUGAACAAAUUUGUCGUGUCAAAGAUAGUGAUAAUGUACCUGUUAUAGUUGUUGGUAAUAAAUGUGAUUUGGAAAUUGAAAGACAAGUUAGUUAUGAUGAAGGUUUAAAUUUAGCAAAUUCUUUUAAUUGUCAAUUUUUAGAAACUUCUGCAAAACAAAGAAUCAAUGUCGAAGAAGCUUUCUAUAACUUGGUAAGAAGAAUCAGAGAUCAAGAAGAAGCCAAAGCUAACCCUCCAUCAACUGCAACUCAACAAAACAAUAAUCCAUCUUCUAAUAAUAAAUCUAAUAACACUCCUAAUAAUGAUGCAAAUCAAGCUAUACAGAAUAAGAAUGGCUCUACUACUAAUAAACCAGACACACCAGCACAAAAGAGGCUGCAGCAACAAACGGCAGCUCAACAAUCGGCUGCUCAAGCAAAGGAGAAAUCGGGCUGUUGUGUAAUUGUGUGA